CAUUAAGAUAUAGUCUUCAUCCUCGUUCUCGACCAUCAACAACUGAAUUAAUCCUUACAUUAUGGAUGUUUACAUUAUUUUGUGAAGAAAUUCGACAAAUGAUGUCAAUGGAAUUAAAAACAGUAAAUGGAAAGAUAUUGGGAUAUUUUUCAAUAUUUUGGAAUAAAUUAGAUAUAUUAUCUGUAAUAUUAUUUUUUCUUGCAAUUUUUCUUCGAUAUAUUCAAUCGAGUGAUUGUUUUUGUGGUGCACGAAUUAUUUUAGCUAUUGAUUUAUCUAUUUGGUUUAUAAGAACACUUGAUAUGUUUUCUGCUAUAAAAAGACUUGGACCAAAACUUGUUAUGAUUGGUGAAAUGGUUCAUGAUCUGAAAUUUUUUAUGUUAAUGUUAACUGUAUUUAUAUUUGCAUUUGGUGUUCCUGCUUAUAGUUUAAUCUAUGGUGUAGAAGAAUUUUCUUGGCAUUUACCACGUAGUAUAUUAAAUAUUGCUUAUUGGCAAAUAUUUGAAAAUUAUGCAAUAAGUGGUUAUAUUGUAUUUCUAUUGCUCAUUUCAUAUAUGACAGUUGGAAAUGUUCUUUUAAUUAAUCUUCUUAUAGCGAUGUUUAGUAAUACAUUUAAUCGUCUACAAGCAGAUACAGAUUGUAUAUGGAAAUUUCAACAUUAUUCAUUAGUAUGUUAUCAUUUAACACGUCCAUGUCUUCCGCCACCAUUUAUAUUUAUAUCGCAUAUUUGGCGAGGAACACUUUACUUUUUUUCACAUUACGUUCAAUCAAAAUGGUUUAAAUUAAGAUAUAUUAAAUAUAAAAAUAAAGAAAAAUUUAGUAUAGUGAUUGAUAUAAGAUUAAUAAGAAAUAUUGAAGCUAUUGAAGAUGCAUUGGGAAAUGAAGUUUACUAUUUUGUUUCUAAAAUUGAUCGAAAACAAUCUGAUCAUCAAAUGGAUUUUGAUGAAGAAAAAAUCUCUUCUCCACAAGAAAUUGUAUUGAAUAAGAUAAAAAUACUUGAAUAUCAAGUUCGAACAAUACAGAAUCACCAAGAUGAUAUGUUUGAAUAUUUGGAAUGUUUAAUGAAUGGAAUUAGAAAAAUUGGUGGUGAUGAUAUUGAAAUGCCGAAACGAUCUCGUCGAGAUUCAGAAUUGUUUUGUAUGUUAAUUGAACUUUGUCUUAUUAUCAUAGAAUUCUAUUCUAUAGAAGAAUUUUGA